UACCAUUGGCUCAAGCUGAAAAUAGUCAUGCGGAGUAGGACGACGAGGACGAUGAGGUACAGCUACAAGGUUUUCAGAUAAGAAAGAACGCCCACUUGUUCGAUCUCUCUUUCUCUUGUUCGUUCGUCGUAUUCGGCCUCAUCCGUUCUCUUUGCUGUCUCUCACGCACCCGAAAGCCGAUCUGCUGAAACGCCGAUUCUUCCCCACUUCAAACCUAUGAAGCCCGAGAUCCCUCCCCCGCCCCCGCGUGACCCUCACGCGCCACCUCUCGGCUCCCCGUCCCAGCCCAAUUCCAGCCAAAGAAAUGAAAAUGCUGCUAGGAAAACUCAGAAAGCAGACCGUGAGAAAUUAAGGAGAGAUCGCUUGAAUGAACAGUUUGUUGAGUUAGGAAAUGCUUUAGAUCCUGAUAGGCCAAAGAAUGACAAAGCCACUAUUAUAGCUGAUACGAUCCAGUUGCUUAAGGACUUGACCGCCGAGGUGAACAAACUCAAAACCGAAUAUGCUGCAUUAACUGAAGAGUCGCGUGAGUUGACCCAGGAAAAAAACGAUCUCAAGGAUGAGAAAGCUUCCCUGAAAUCCGAGAUUGAUAACCUUAACAUACAAUGCCAGCACAGAUCAAGGGCUAUGUUCCCAUGGGGCCCCAUGGAUCCCUCGGUUGUUAUGGGCCCAACAGGACCAGCCUCUUAUCCAUUUCCGGUGCCGAUGGCUGUGCCUUCUGGCCCAAUUCCCAUGCACCCUUCAAUUCCUCCAUACACUUUCUUCGCAAGCCCAAACCCUAACAUAAUUCCUAAUUCAUGUUCGACUUUUGUACCAUACAUUACUCCUAGUACGCAAGUUGAGCAGCUAUCAGCCCAAUAUGUCUCUCCAUUAAUGCAACGAGGUAAUGCAUCCCACGUCUCCAGCAAUGUAGAUAACAAGAACAAGUCAUCUGGGGAGGGCAAAAGCAGAAAAUCAGAUGAUUCCAAUGAAGUCACAACAGACCUGGAGUUGAAGACACCUUGGUCAACUGCAGAUCAUGACUCAUGUUCAGAACAGAGAAAGUCAAAGAGGAGUCUGACAAGGGAUGACUCUGGGGAGAGGAGUGCAUCUAGCAGGUGUUCUUCAUCUCGUAGCGUACAGGAUAGCUCGUCCAAUAGUGUAGUUGGGGAGUCAAAAGCCGAUGACUGAGGACAAAAAUUGCAGCUACAUAUGCAUCACUGAGUCAUGGGUUGUUGGACGGGAUUUGAGCUCAUUCAGCAAGAAGGGCAAAGAACCAGUGGACACAUCCUCACUUGAAGUCCUGAACUGGACCCGUUCUAUGGGAUCAUAGGUACCUAUUUGCCCUGAGUGCUAAAGGUAGAUUUUUGGUCCUUCUCGGGAGCUUCUCAGGAGAAAUUCCCAGUAUCUGUGAAAGAGGAAGAGGCACCAGGGUCUUGGUUUUCUUGGAAUGGGUAUUCUUGAUGAAAAUCUGUGAGCUCUACGAUGUUUUGGGAUGGAUUUAAAAGCUCAGCUUGGUUUCCGUUCAAUAGGACGUCAUGAAGGCAGAAUGCGAAGAACAGUGGUGCCCGAGAGAAUGACCAAUGAACAGCAGACAGGAGAACGUAUGAGUUGAGUCCUCAGAAUGGCUAGAAUGGAAUCUCUCCCAUGUGUAUUAUAUUAGUGAUCUUAUAGGUUUUAUUCUUUGUUAUGUUUUUCUUGUCAUCAGCACGAUGUUCAUGGUCUCGCAACAUGAGUUUGGUUGACCGAGAGUGGACUAUGUACGUCACCCCUAGCAUUAUUCAGUCAUAUGGAAGGCAAUGUAACAAUUGUUCAAUUCCAUUGGAGAUAUCGAAGAAGCAAGUUGUCCUGUCCCGUGGAAAA